AAAAAGUACGGUUUACUGUCGCUAGUAUCGACUUGAAAUUUGACAGAUAAAUCACACCACGUGUUUCAACUAAAUAUUUUUUGUAAUAAUGGUUUAUUAUUUUACAAGUGAAGUUGUACAACCAUCGGUAACAUUAUUUAUGGGAGUCGACCAAUAUGAAAAUGAUGAUCUCAUAAAGUGGGGUUGGCCAGAAGAUGUUUGGUUUCAUGUUGACAAAUAUUCUUCAGCGCAUGUAUACCUUCGACUUCGCCUUGGUCAAACAAUAGAUGACAUACCUAGCGUAGUUUUAGAAGAUGCAGCACAAUUAGUGAAAGCAAAUAGUAUUGAAGGAAAUAAAAUGAAUGAUAUCGAUGUAGUAUACACAAUGUGGUCCAAUCUGAAAAAAACACCAGGUAUGGAAAUAGGACAAGUUGGUUUUCAUAAAGAUAAAGAUGUUCGUAAAAUUCAUGUUGCAAAACGAAUAAAUACUAUUGUUAAUCGAUUGAAUAAAACUAAACGUUCAGAACAAGUAAAUUUAAGAUCAGAAAGAGAACAACGAGACAGAAAUGAACGGGAAGAUAAAAAGAGACUUUUGAGAGAGCAAAAAGAAAGAGAAAAGGCAGAAGAAAAACGAAGAAAGGAAGAAGCAGAAAUGAGAAGUUAUAAUUCUUUAUUUAAUACAUCUAAUAUGACAUCAAAUGUAGAAAAUAGUGGAUAUGAUUCAGAUGAUUUUAUGUGAUGAAAUUAUUAAUAUUAUUUGUAAUUCGAUUGCCUACUCACCAUAGUUUGGAAUAAUAGAUGAAUAUAUUUAAAACAAAAAACAUAUAUAAUUUCAAAAUUAAAUUUGGUUGAUAUUUUAAAAGAAAAUUAUCAUUAAACAUUACGAAAAUCUAAAAUAACAAGGUAAUGUUGAAACUAAUAAAAUGUUAAUUAAAAUAUUUUUAAAACUGGAUUAAAGUACAAGUUUUGCACAAAUUGCAAAACAAUUUUUAACAUUAAGUGGGUUUCUCUUAUAUGAAUUCUAUUAAGAACAUUAAUAUGUAUAUUAAUAUAUACAUUAGUAAGUAAAUAAAUAUAAUAUUAAUUAUGUAUUUUAA